GACGUUUCUUGCCAGCAGCAGCACAAAGGAUUCGCUAACUCUCUACCUUUCCCAUCAGCUUAUCCGCUACAGUACCGUCAAGGUCAUGACUGCAACACGGCAGGAGGUCAUGACGAAUUAUGAAUGUGAAAUAAUGCCCGGUGUCAGCACACAGGAAGAGGUGGACACUCUUAUGAUUUAUCAUGCUGUAGAAGUUGCGAGCAACGGGAUUAAUGUCCACAUAUAUUCUCAAGACACAGAUGUGCUGCUUUUGGCUCUACGAAGAACGCCACUACUUGGCAACCAUUCUGCGCUAAUCAUGGGGACAAGCGAAAGACGACGAAAAGUCUUCCUACAGCCUAUUUAUGACAAGCUUGGACCGGAGAAAUCAGCAGCUUUGAUAAACUGGCAUGCUCUCACAGGCUGUGAUACGACAGGACAUAUCCAAGGAAAAGGAAAGAAGGGAUGCUUUGCAACUUUCCUGAAGGCAAGCCCCACCAUCCUGAUAGCACUAGCUGGUCUUGGCGAAGGAGAUGAACCAUCCGAAAAAGUUAUACAUGGCUGUGAAGAGUUUCUUUGCUCUCUUUCCUGUCCAAGUGGAGUCCACAUUGGGCAAGCAAAUAUGCUCAGAUGGUUUUUGUUCAAGCAACUCAAAGAUGAACAAGGAGUUGACGAACUGCCACCGACUCAGGGAGCAUGGAUUCAACAUAUACGCCGUGCCCAUGUCCAGGCUAAUAUAUGGCACCAGGAUAUGGUAUUGAAACCAACUUGUCUGGACCCUCUGACCUUGGGGUGGCGAAACCUAGACAAAAAGCUACUGACAGUUCUUUCUCAGGUUG